GUCUCGCGAGAGUUCACAGGACACCGAGGUCAUUUCCUCAAAAUGUAAACAGAAGUGACAUGCAGGCGAUAUGAACAGAUAAAUAUCUCAAAGCACGUAAACAGGCAUUUGGCUGUGUGUGUGGUGAUGGGUUCCGAUCCGUGCCUGAUGAAAUGGAGAUUAAAGGGAACGACGAGGUGGAGAAAAUAAAGUCUAAGUUCAUUUCGGCAUGGAAUAAUGUCAAAUACAGUUGGAUGCUGAAAACGAAGACUUCCUUUAGUCGCAAUUCUGCAGUCUUCCUGCUGGGGAAAUGUUAUCACUUCAAGGCAGAUGAUGAAGACAGUCCUACAGAAAGCUGCAGCACAGACGUAUUUGAUGACGAACCUGUCAUGGGCAAUGUGGAUGGAUUUCGGAGGGAUUUUGCUUCACGGAUCUGGCUCACUUAUCGGGAUGAUUUCGCCACGCUGCCGGAAUCGAACAUCACUACAGACUGUGGCUGGGGCUGCACUCUCAGAGCUGGGCAGAUGAUGCUGGCCCAGGCACUUUUACUGCAUUUCUUGGGUAGAGACUGGACCUGGCCUGAUGCACUGACCUUGGAGCCUCUGGACACUGAGACAUGGACGAGCAGCACAGCACGAAAACUUGUCGCCUCAAUAGAAGCUUCAUUCCAGGGAGACCGGCUGAGAGUCCCAGAACCUUCAUGCCAGCCCCAGUGUGGGGCAGAAGAAGCCGACGCCCACCUGAAAGAGGUGUACCACCGCACUAUCGUGUCCUGGUUUGGAGACAGUCUGUCUGCCCAGCUCGGGGUCCACCGGCUGGUUCGUCUGGGUAUGACCUCAGGGAAAAGAGCAGGAGAUUGGUAUGGCCCUGGAGUAGUGGCACACAUACUCAGGAAAGCUGUGGAAAUUGCUACAGAUCCAGAACUGCGAGGUGUGACUGUUUAUGUGGCGCAGGACUGCACAGUGUACAACGCUGAUGUUAUCGAGAGUCACUCAGCGCAGGUGGACACACACGCAGCCCCUGAGGGAGCGCUCACUGACAACAGAGCCGUCAUCAUUCUCAUCCCUGUCAGACUGGGGGGAGAGAAGAUUAACCCUGAAUACUUCAGUUUUGUCAAGGCUAUCCUGAGCUUGGAGUACUGUAUCGGGAUCAUUGGAGGGAAACCCAAACAGGCCUACUACUUCGUUGGAUUUCAAGAUGACAGCAUGAUUUACAUGGACCCUCAUUACUGUCAGUCUUUUGUGGAUGUCAGCACAAGCAAUUUUCCUCUGCAGUCAUAUCAUUGCCCAUCACCAAAGAAGAUGCCUUUCAUUAAAAUGGACCCAAGCUGCACUAUUGGGUUCUACUCCAAAAGUGUUCAGGAUUAUGAAAGAAUUAGCAGCGAGCUGGCAAAGGGUCCGGGGUUCGAGUCCCACUGGGGCCAUGUGUGUGCGGAGUUUGCAUGUUCUCCCCGUGCUGCGGGGGUUUCCUCCGGGUGCUCCGGUUUCCUCCCCGGUCCAAAGACAUGCUUGGUGCUGCAGCCGUCAUCGAAAGAGAAGUACCCGGCGUUUACCUUUAUGAAAGGACACGGGAGAGAUUACGAACUGUCUGUUCCUUUGGAGAAGAGAGAGUGGCCCUUCAUCAAAGACACACGCAUUCCCGGGGCCACGGCAGGGGACUUUGUGCUGCUGUAAACGAGGGCUUGGAAUUCCAGAGUGUUGUUAUGUGUGUGAUUUGUCGACAUUAUUCUGGUUUAAAUGGUUGCACCACACCAAGCAUGAGGUGUUUUACUGGAUGCACCGAUUGCAUUGGGAUACAACAAAGUAGUCCUGAAUCUGGGGUUUGUCUGUUUGGAUAUGCAGAAAGCAAAACCAUCCAUCCAUCAACAACUCUCUAUAUCCAACACCUCAACUUAACACUGUAAAUAAACUCAACACAUCUCUCAUA